GCUGUGUGUGUAAUGUCAGCACGCACCCGCGCCCCUUACAACACGCCUAUAUCGGCAUGCCACAAUCACCACAAUGCAUUGCACUCAAGCAACUCCCGCGUGUGGGCCCAUGUGCAGCUGACACACGAGUAGCCUGCCUGCACGUGAGCGAGCCAGUCGAAGACCUCGAGGGAAUCCAACACAGAUGGCCCAGCUCAGAACCACCUCUGUGGCAUACCGUCAAGGUCCUCGAAUGGCGUCACACAGACUCCCCAUGUGUCAUGUCAGCGGCAACUGACUUACUGUCCCGUGCAGCCAACUGCUUCUCGUUCACUGUCCCAGCCAUCCCUUCACAGGUCGUCGUAUGUCACAGUCGCGCGGAAGUCACCCGCUGCCUCCACCUGCACACACACACACACACACACAUCAGCAGAGGGAUCGGCUAAGAGCAGCUCAUGGAAUAGAUGCGCUCUCUCGCAAGCGCCUGCCUGCUCUCCUGCCUGCGGGGCUGACCUCGGCUUGCGGCGGGGCAUCUCUGUCCUUGUACCCGCCGCCACGACGGUCAGAGCGCCCGCUGCACAACACACACACACACAACAGGUAUCGUCGACAACGGGCGGCAUCCCCUCCCCUCCCCGCUUCCCUCAAGUACUAAGGUCCCCUACCUGGGGCUGUCCAUCCUCUCGUCCGGGAAGCCACGAGGCGGACCCAUCAUGGGAGCUAUACACACCACACCACACCACACACACUUGAGUGGUCCGGUCGUUCAUUCCGGUGUGUGUGUGUGUUGAGAGUGGUAGCUGUUCGUUCGUUGGUUCGUACGUCUUCUGGGUGGUCCCCGGUGCAUGCCUCCUCCCCGUAUUGGCGGCGGCCCGUGCAUCGGCGGGCCGUAGGGGCCCAGCGGGGGCGAUGGGAAGGGCGGCCCGGGAGGAGGAGGACCAUGACCCAUCGGGGGAGGAAGGGGCGGACCGAAAUCGCCGUCCUAUAUGUGUAUACAUAACACAACACACGCAUACACACACAUACCAACGUCAUGAAGCACACACACGCACACACACACACAAAUGGAUGUGCGGCUGUACAGGUGGAGGCCCCAUGAAUGGCGGCCGCAUGGGGUGUCUUGGAGGCAUCGGGGGGCCGCGGGGCGGCAUCAUGCCGCCCGGGCCGUCGAAGUCGGGCGGGUAGAAAUCACCCAUGAAGUCAGGAGGACCGUUGGGCAGCGGACCUGCACGGCACACACGACAGGCGCCUCGUUUCGUCACUGAACUGAAUUGAAUGUCUGUGUUUGUGUGGUUGCUGACCGUCGUGUCUGUCGAAGUCUCUGUCUCUGCCAUGCAUGAGUCUGAGCCGCUUGGGUGCGCCGUGUGGGAGGGGCACCAGUCGACUGGAGUCGCCCAUGUAGGCCUCGUGCAUCAUGCUCUCGUGCAACUGAUAGAUGCAGUGGCCCCACACCACACCACACCACACAUGGGCCGGCCCAAUGAGAGCGCUUUGAGCCGAGUGAUGACUGACUGACUGACAGACCUUGUCGAUGAUUUCCUGCAGUGCGCUCUCGUGUUUGUUUCUGAGGUGCUUGUGGACGAACUCUGCCGCCUUGAACAGCUGAUGGAUGGAUCAUCGACACACACAGAACACACAACACUCGCUCACCCAGAUGAUCUAGAUGGGCGCAGGGGCCUGGCGUGUUCAUAGCUGGCUGAUUGCCUGCCUGCCUGCCUGCCUAACCUUCCUGCAGAUGUUGCAUCGGAACCGGCCCUCCUCGACCUUCAUCGUGUUCUGCCAGGGUGGAGAAAUGGACGGGAGAAUGCGAUUGAGAGGGAAUGGGCGGGCGCGGCGCGAUGCAUCCAGUCCAAUCAUUGCACUGAGCGGCACUCACUCACCUCGUCACAGUAGGCCUUCCACUUUGACGCGAGGGGCUCCUCCUCCUCCCUCAGCUGUAUAAUCACAAUCACACACGUGCACAUCAAUCACAUCACAGCACAGCACAUCACAUCACACGCUCGGCUGGCCUUGGUUCUGUUGUUUGUCAUCUCGGUGGUCAGCUGCUCACUCACUCACCACGACAGGCUCCCGAUGUGAGGCGUUGAGGAGCUGCUGUAUCUUCUGGUCGAAUGUGUCCACCCAGGGGCUGCUCUCCUCCACAGAACUGCCGUUCAACAUCGCACCGUGACCAUCCUGCACAGACAGCACCAAAGGCCACACAUGACUGACAUGUCUCUCUCUCUGUGUGUGUGUGUGUGUGUGUGUGUGGAGGCAGCAACUCGUUCACUUAAGGGACAGACACUGACUGACUCACGUACGUCAUGUUGGUUGUGUGAGUAGCGUUGUCUGAGGAAGGCCACGCCGCACCUGGCCUGCAGCUCACGCUCGUUCUCACAACACUGGACGAACACACACACACAUAUAGGUUCAUUCGGGCAGGCAAUGGGUGGGUGCGACUUGACUUCUGUGCGGUGUGUGUGUGUGUGUGUGGUGUGGUGGGUGCCGCGUUGAUUGAAGUGUCUGUCGCCGACCUCUGCUGAGUAGUAGCAGACGUUGUGCACCCGCCGGAGGUACAGAAUCUGAAGGUCAAGCUGGAAGGCCUCCGGAUACCUGCAGGCGCACACACCACAGCCAACACACCGGUGGGUGACACACGGAGAGAAUAACAGCAUGGCGUGUUGGCCGUGCUGUUUGUGGUGUGGCGUGUCUUCCACCCAACCGACGUGUUGGCCUCCAUGGCUUUGAGUAAGGGGUUUCUGGUCCCCUGCCGCUCCCCCUCCCCCUCGCCAUAGCCCUCAUCGCCUCCCAUACCCUCAUCACCGAACACGCCCUCCACCUGCCACUCCCUGUCUGCACAACAACAACACCACACAGCACACACCACACAACCAUCAAACACCAGGAGUGAGUGAGUGUCAUUGUUGGUUGGUAUGUCCGUUGCGCUGCGCAACACCGCUGCAGCCCAUAUACUUGGUUAGUUACCGAGUUUUGCGAUGAGUUGUGCGGACAGCUGGAGGUCUUUCUGAAUGCGCGAGGGUGCGGCCAUGUCGGCGGGGGCCACCCGCACCUUGUGCUUCUUCUUGGGCACGGCACGCUGGAUGUUCAACACGUAACGGUCCUUCAACCUACACACACACAUACACAUACAAUGAAUCAAUGACGCGACGAUGGAUGCCAUGAGAGAGAGAGAACGGUCGGCCAGUGGGUAUCACUGCAUCACUGCCUGCUGUUUGCUGGUCUGAUUCGAUUCAGUGGCUCACUUUGUGUGUUUGAAGGUUUUUUCUGCCGUGGCUGCCGCCUCAUCGCUGUCGAACCGAGCGUACCCCUUCCUGAAUAGAAUAAUGCGUCAAGCCACCAACGCACACAUACACACAGGUGAUCCACAAACCGCUCUCUCGUCUGUUUGCACCCCGUAAGGCACGGGUGACUGACUGAGUGGCGGUGCCCACCCCACCCCACCUGGUGAGGUCGGAUCUGAGGGGCUCCGUCAGGAAGACAUUCCCAAAACCACUCGCACCCUGCAUGUCAUGUGGGUCGUGUACCCCACACGACACUCAAGUCGUCUAUGCCUCUGGUCUGGGUGUGUCUGGUCUGUCUGCCGGUGUGGUGUAGUCAGGACAUUCUCGGUGUGUACCUGGAGGAGGUCGUGGCAGUCCCACUUGGAUAUCUCGAGGGGCACAUUGGAGAAGAAGAGCGUAUUCACGUCGGCGUCCUGCAUGUAGAACGGCGCCUCGCAGUGACCGCUGAUCUCUGAUACACACACAUCACACACAGUACAACACACACAGGACAAGGACAAGGACAAGGCAAGGACACACACACGUGGUGGGUGGGUGGAUGGAAUCCUGUCUCAGCUGAUCCAGCAUGGACACAGACAGACCUUUGCUGGUCUCCUUUCUCAGAUUGGGGUCGAGAUGGCCGCCGCCUGUGUGUGCCGCAUCAUCCUCGCCCUCGCCCGCCCCCACGGCUGCCGACGAGCCGCCGGUGUGCUGCACCGUCAGCGAAAGGUCGUCGAAUGCGUUCUCCUCUACCAACUGCACACGCAACGCAUUCAGGCAGGGACAGACAGACAGACAGACGGACGCUGCUUGUGCCAUGUGAUGUGUGCCUGUGUGUCGUCCCCACCUUGAUGAAUUGUUGUGCGUUUUGUUUUGCGUGUGCGGACCGCUCGUCGUGCUGCCGCUUCUGCAGGUCGGGCCGGUACUUGUCGGGCAGAUAGCCGGCGUCCUGCCAUCAAACACGCAUGAUAUGGAUGGAUAGAUGGAUGGAUGGAUGGAUGGACAGCCAGGGAGAAUGCGGGCUCGUGUGUCGUGUGGUGUCGUGUGUCUGCAUGGCUGGCUGACUCACUGACUGACCUUGUUGUCUUUGAAGAACUUCUCCGAGUGGUGUGUUUUGUACUUGGUGCGGUAGUCGUCGUACCGCUCCACUGCCUCCAUCGGCUCGAUGCCCUCAUCCUGAUUGAUGACGAACGACCUGAACGACAGCAGGGGCUCGUUGAAGCUCGUCGAGUAGAUCAUGUCGCCCUCAUCGAUGCGACGCCUGAAUUCAGGCAAGGAAGCCACACAUAAAAGGGUUAUGAUGAUGCAGACAGACGGGGUCACAUACUUCAGAUGUGUGUGUGUGUGUGUGUGUACUUUCUGGGGCUGUAUCUGAUGUCGUCGUCGAUGUAGCGUCUCCGCCGGUCAAAAUCACGGUCAUAGACACCGGGCGGCGGGCCACGUCUGAUAAGGGCAUGCACACACAACCAUUCUCCCUGCACCGUCCAAGCUCACACGUACUCACCGGUCCCUCGGUGGGAAUCGCCGGCGCCUGCCAUAGAUGCUGUCGCUGCAGCCACAACAGGCAUGCCGUCCCGUCACAUCACGACACAUGACGACAGUGACAAUUCAAUCAUCCCGCCAUUGUUCGUGUUCAUGCAGCAUCCAUCGCUGCACCGCGCUCGCUUGUCUGUCCUCCCUCUCUCACUCACUGACUCACCUGCGUGACCUGGAUCUUGAUCUGGAUGGUGAUCUGUCACCUCCGUCAGGGUGUCUCCCUCCCCGUCCCCGACCGCCGCGCCGCCGCCCGAUGUGCGCCACUCGCUGGCCCGGCCUCUCCCUCUCGCGGGAGUCCUUCCGGCGAAUCGGACGCCUCUCAGCAUCGCGGUUGCGGUCUUCCUGCACCGUCGGGCUCGCCUCGCGACUUUUGUUUGCAUCUUGCGCAGUGGACUCAGCCGUUCCAGCUGCAGGCGGUGGAUCACUCAUCCUCCGGCCCUUUUUCU